CGCUCUCGGUUUGUUAUCGCCAGCACGCGCAAGCCGUCGUCGCCACCAUGAACGCUCUGUUGGCCACCAUUCUUCUGGGCCUGGCGUCCUACGCCGCCGCCGGAGGCUUCACCGCCCCGUCGCCCUACGCCGCCAGCGUGUAUGGUCCGUCUAUCGGAUCCGUUGGCUACGGAUACGGCGGACGCGGAUUCCUGCCUCAGGCCUACAACCUGCAGGUGCGCUUUGGCGGCGGAGUCAAGGCCGGUGUCGCCUACGGCGGCUACGGACACGGAGGAUACGGUCUUGCCGUCGGUGGCUACGGACACGGCGUCGCCCUCGGCCACGGUCUUGGCUACGGAGGAUACGGACACGGUGUUGCCCUCGGCCACGGCGGCUACGGACACGGUCUUGCCCUCGGCUACGGUGGUUACGGACACGGUCUUGGAUACGGAAAGCUCUACGGUUAAACGAACUCACCCAAGCCAGCAGCUGCGCUUGUGUACAUUAACACAGAAACCCGGGCAAAGGCUCCGCAGGACGGAUACGCCAUGUGUUCGCCGUCGGCCAAUGCGCUGAAACUCGAGAGUACAAACACUCUGAGCGAGUAUCUACACAAAACUCUCACAAAAACUAUACCCAUGUGACAUGCAUUACACGUGACAAGCACCAUUCCACGGACCACGAGACACAAUAAAAAGAAAAACGUUUUAUAAA